GACGUCUAUGAUAAAGUCAGCUACCUAAGCUCGCUGGGAAAAACCCAGAUCGCCGUGGUCCAGCGAGACGCCGACAUCGGCGUGGCCGAGGCCGAGCGAGACGCCGGCAUCCGGGAGGCCGAGUGCAAGAGGGAGAUGCUGGACGUGAAGUUCAUGGCGGACACCAAGGUGGCCGACUCCAAGAGGGCCUUUGAAAUGCAGAAGGCCGCCUUUACUCAGGAGAUCAACAUGAAGCAGGUGCUGAUUGCCCAGGCCGAAGGAGAGAAGAUCCGCAAGAUCGGCGAGGCGGAGGCCCUGGUGAUUGAGGCCAUCGGCAAGGCGGAGGCCGAGAAGAUGAAGCUCAAGGCCGAGGCCUACCAGCAGUACGGGGAGGCAGCCAAGAUGGCGCUGGUGCUGGACGCCCUGCCCCACGUGAGUGCCCGGCCUGGCCUG